GCACCGUCCUAUCUCAUACAGAGCACGCCUGUAACUUACAAAGUCAGGUACUGAGUGGGGUGUUCCCGGGCUUAUCGCUUAUCCAACCACCAUGUGGGAAAUUUUCAAAAAUAGUUCGACUCUGCGUACGCUGAUUACAUCCCGAGUUCGACACAGUAGCUACGGUGGUGCCCCAUGGCGGCAAAAGACCCUGAACCGGCCGCUCCCGAGGAGCCAGUGGCCACGGCUUCCUCAAAGAAACGCAAGUCUGCCCAUCCCGAAAUCGAGGUUGACCUCUCCCUCCCAGAGCCUCCGUCCAAGAAGGCUCGUCGUGCGCUCAAGAAGGGCAAGACACUGCCCGCGAAACCAGCGUCAAGCGAUGACGAGACCGACGGCAAGGCGGCCGAGGACGGACAAGCGAAUGGGGCCAAGGAUGGCAAGAAGAAGAAGAAGGAACGGUCGCCGCACGGCGUCUGGAUUGGGAACCUCCCCUUCACCACGACCAAAGCCGAAUUGCGCAAGUGGCUAGUCGACAACUCUGGCGGGUCCAUUGCCGACGACGCCAUCACGCGUGUGCACAUGCCGACGACGAAGCCCGCCGCCGGAGCGGGACCGAAGAAGACGCCCGAGAACCGCGGCUUCGCCUACGUGGACUUCGCCUCGUUCGACGCCAACGUCGCCGCUAUCGCGCUGUCUGAGACCGAGCUCAACGGGCGCAAGCUGCUGAUCAAGGACAGCAAGAACUUUGAGGGGCGGCCCAAGAAGGAGGAGCCCGCGGUUGCAGCAGCAAACGGCUCGGGAGCCAAGGCCGCGUUAUCAGGCGCCAAAGCCGCCGCCAGCGGCAGCACCAAGAUCUUCGUCGGCAACCUGGCGUUCAACACCACCGAAGACGAUCUGCACGCGCACUUUGAGAAGUGCGGCAAGAUCCGCUGGAUCAAGGUGGCCACCUUUGAAGAUUCGGGCAAGUGCAAGGGGUACGGCUGGGUCAACUUUGAGCAGCCCGAGGCGGCGGCGUGGGCAGUGAAGGGGUUCGUCAAGCUGCGGGAAACGGUUGAGACACUGGAGGAUUUCAUGGACGAGGAUCCCAAGGCGGCAGACGGGGAAGGGCCAGCCCAAGGGGACGACGCACUGAAAGCCGAUGACAACGACAACGACGACGACGACAGCACCAAAACGAACAAACCCAAAUCCUCCCAACCCCAGAAAGAACCACCCCGCACCCGCACCCGCACCCGCAAAUGGUGGGUCAAUCAGCUACUCGGACGCACCCUCAAAAUCGAGCUAGCCGAGGACGACCAGACGCGCUACCACAAGCGCUUCGGCAAGGGCGCGGCGGCCGCCGCGGCCGCCCGGCAAAAGAAGCAGCAGAAAACACAGCAGUCAAAGCACUCCAAGGCUGGACCCAGCGGAGCAGACGGCGACGGCGACGGCGACGGCGGCGCAUUAACAACAACAUCAUCAACAACAACAACACCGACGACAACAGACGGGAAGGACCAGAAAAAGAAGAAGGGGAAAGAGAGCAAGGAGAUCUCUUACCACACCGACAUCAGCGUCGCGCGGCUGACGGGCGCGGCGGUGGCGCCCGCGGGGAAGAAGAUCACGUUCGACUGAGCCUGGCUCGGGCGGGGCAAAGCAGAAAAGACAGAAAAAAUGGCUGGCGGAGGGUGUGGUAUGGUGUGGCAUGGUGCGGUGUGGUGUUGGGCAGGCGAC